CCAAAUACAUAUAGUUUGUGUAGGAUAUUCUUACAAAAUAACAGAGAAAUCAGCAAAACAAUGUAAUCGUUCCCACUCAGGUGGAGGCCCCAUAAAGGAGUCUGGCACUUGUAGGUGAGAACGGCGCAUGACCUUUGCUCAUAGUUCACGAGAGGUUGCAUCUAGCGCUAGUGUACAACUAAUCUGGAGAAUAAGCCUACGAUAUUUUUUUCUAAUAUUUUAUAACGUUAAUAAUAACGUUAUGAAUUUUUAAGAAAUAACGUUAUAACUAUUUCUAAUAUUGGGGUACUAUAAAUGACUAUGGCAACACUGGCUAAUGCACACAUACAUAAAAAACUGGCUUCACUUUGUUGUUGUGUUGGCAGAACUCCGUCUUUACUUUUUAUUUGGUCUGAGCUCUGAAUUUAAACAUUCAGAGUUCUACGGUGCCAAUUCUGACGUGAUUCUCUAAACUCAAAACUAAAUUUAACAUCAGUCUCUCCUUUACAUUCUGUAUAGAGAAUGACUAGGAUAUACUGCUGUCAAAUUUAAGUUUAGGUUUAGAGAAUCAUGCUAGAAUCAACACCAAUCUCACACUAAGAGAACAAGUUUACAAUAAUAAUUUAAGCGAACAAAACAACAUAAAAACCUAAUGCAGAUUAGGUUAGCCUUGAUCAAUCGUGCAAAUUUGCUGAGAAUCGUUGCGAAACCAUUAAUAUCAUCAAGAAUGGCAAAGAGCAGUUUUGAAUAUGUUAAAAGUUUUGAAAUUGAAGAUGUUCUCUUGCCAAACACAUGGAUAGUGGUACGCUUAGAUGGAAAAUGUUUUCAUAAGUUUUCUGAUGAUCAUAAUUUUUCGAAACCAAACGAUAUAAGAGCAUUGAAAUUAAUGAAUUAUGCUGCUUUUAUUGUGAUAAAUGAAUUUAAUGAUUUAUUAAUGGCUUAUGGACAAAGUGAUGAAUAUUCAUUUAUAUUUAAAAAAAAUUCUUCAUUAUAUAAACGCCGUGCUGCAAAACUUUUAACGACUGUUAACAGUAAGUUUUCUUCUUCAUAUGUGUACUAUUGGAGCAAAUUUUUUGGAGACGAAAAAUUAAAAUAUCCUCCUACAUUCGACGGCCGUAUAAUUUUAUAUCCAUCUGAAGAAAAUUUAAUAGACUAUAUGAAAUGGAGACAAGCAGAUGUUCAUAUAAAUAAUUUGUACAAUACAACCUUUUGGACUCUGGUUUUACGGGGUGACCUAAGUCCGAUGCAGGCAAAAAAACGGCUUUGUGGUACCGUGUCAGCUGAUAAGAAUGAAAUAUUGUUCAAAGAAUUUAACAUCAAUUACAAUAAUGAACCUGAAAUUUUUAAAAGAGGAACAUUGUUAAUACGAAAAACUUUACCAGAUGCCAGUAAUGAGAAAUCAUAUUCUAUAAUAGUCGAUACUCAUUGUGAUAUGUUGAAAGACAAGUUUUGGGAAGAACAUGCUAAUUUACUAUCAAUAAAAUCAUCAAAAGUAAAAAACUUCUAUAAUGGACCCAUUACGGAAAUAAUUAAAGAACAACUGGUAUCGAAAGAAAAAGACAACUCCAACAAGAAAAUAUAAUCGAAGGCUAUUUUUGAUACCAUAGUUCUAAGAUUUACGUUUAGUUGAAUAAAUCAUUCAGCAGCAUCAGUUUUUUUUUAUAUAAAAGGCACAGUAUGUGCAUCAGCCACGACAGGGUAAAAGGUGAGGAAACCAUAAAAAUAGGAUACAAAAUAUUUAAUAUAAAGGAAUAGGAUCAGGAAAUUAUACAUACACAACAUUAAAUAGAUAGUUUUUAUUCAUCUUAUACUAUUUAUAGUUUUAUAUUAUGUUUAGCUAGGCACUCUGAUAAUAUGUCAUAUAAAUUAUAUUCUCGGUGAUAUAAAAGAGAAGGAAUGGAAGUAAGUCACAUUCAUUUUCAACUCUUAUUACGUUCAUCAUGGUUGCUAUCCUCUUGUUUCUUUUAUCAAUGUGUAGGAGGAAAGAACUGACUAGCAAUGUGAGGUGAAGUUCAAAGUGCUGUGGAUAGAUUUGGGAACAAUGAGAUCAACGUAUUCGUAAACUUCGCAAUAAUUUGAUUUCACUAAAGAGUUCCUAACUUCUCAUUUAAAUUUUAUUUUCUAUUCUAAAUAGUUGAAUUCGCGUUAUUCGCAAUAUGAUUGCCGGCAUGUUUUCAAACGAAUCAUUAAAACAGGUGCCACCGCUCAGUGGAUCGACGGCAUAAAAGCGAUAGGACUUAUGGGGUUGUACGCAUUAAAAGGUAAAAUAAAAUAUUUUUUCAUUGCAUUUUCGAAAUGUACAUACAUUUGAGUAUAUUUUCUGAAAAUUUCAAAUUAAUCUGGCAGAUAUUCUUGGAGAUACACGUAUAUUUGGAACUACCAACGUUCGCAGCGAUACAAACGUAUAUUAAGCUAGCAGACCAUGGUCGCAACGCGCACAUCUAACCUACUGGGUAUUUAGUUGCUAAUUAGUUACACUAUUCCCGAUUUAGUUGCUCAACACCUGUAAAAGAUACAUGCGAUCUGCUAGCUUAAGUCUUAACCUAGCAGACCACAAUACUGUAUCUUCGGUUCUCGUAAAGAUAUCGAAGUUCUGCAAACGGCAUAUUUAGUUGCUAAUUAGUUGCUAAUUAGUUAUACUAUUCCCGAUUUAGUUGCUCAACACCUGUAAAAGAUACAUGCGAUCUGCUAGCUUAAGUCUUAACCUAGCAGACCACAAUACUAUAUCUUCGGUUCUCGUAAAGAUAUCGAAGUUCUGCAAACGGCAUAUUUAGUUGCUAAUUAGUUGCUGUAGGACAGCAUUAUUUGUUUUAUCCCCCUAUCACCCCUUAAUUGCCGCACCAGCACCCACACUACCCCCGAAAUACGAUAAAAUUAAAAAGAGCUCAUCAGAGAAUAUAAACUACGGCGUAUUUUGUUGCUAAUUAGUUGCUGCAAAAUAGCGUUGCUUAUAGUAUUUAACUAUCAACCCUUAACUCCAGAUCAGCACUGCAACCACCCCAGAAUAGGAAGAUAUCGGAAAAUUCUCGUAGGUGGAAAAAGACGCGGGAUAUUUAGUUGCUAAUUAGUUGCUCGCCAAAAACGCAGUUAAGAGUAUUCUACAAUCAUCCCCUAACCUUAGAUCCAACCCCUCUACUCACUUAGAAACAGUAGAUGGUUGGAAUUCGCACGCGGAUGUUUAAAACUGCUGGAUGUUCUGUUGCUAAUUAGUUGCUCGCCAAAAACGCAGAUAAGAGUAUCAACCCUUAACUCCAGAUCAUCCCUGCAACCACCCCAGAAUAGGACGAUAUCGGAAAAUUCUCGUAGGUGGAAAAAAGACGCGGCAAAUUUAGUUGCUAAUUAGUUGCUCGUCAAAAAUGCAGAUAAGAGUAUUCUACAAACAUCCCCUAACCUUAGAUGCAACCCCUCUACUCACUUAAAAACAGUAGAUGGUUAAAAUUCGCACGCAGAUGUUUAAAACUGCUGGAUGUUCUGUUGCUAAUUAGUUGCUCGCCAAAAACGCAGAUAAGAGUAUCCUACAAUCAUCCCCUAACCUCAGAUCCACCCCCUCUACUCACUAAAAAAUAGUAGAUGGUUCGAAUUCACACGCAGAUGUUUAAAACUGCUGGAUAUUUUGUUGCUAAUUAGUUGCUGCAAAAUAGCGUUGCUUAUAGUAUUUAACUAUCAACCCUUAACUCCAAAUCAGCACUGCUACCACUUCAGAAUAGGACGAUAUCGGAAAAUUCUCGUAGGUGGAAAAUAGACGCGGCAUAUUUAGUUGCUAAUUAGUUGCUCGCCAAAAACGCAGUUAAGAGUAUUCUACAAUCAUCCCCUAACCUCAGAUCCAACCCCUCUACUCACUUAGAAACAGUAGAUGGUUGGAAUUCGCACGCGGAUGUUUAAAACUGCUGGAUGUUCUGUUGCUAAUUAGUUGCUCGCCAAAAACGCAGAUAAGAGUAUCCUACAAUCAUCCCCUAACCUCAGAUCCACCCCUCUACUCACUAAAAAAUAGUAGAUGGUUCGAAUUCACACGCAGAUGUUUAAAACUGCUGGAUAUUUUAUUGCUAAUUAGUUGCUGCAAAAUAGCGUUGCUUAUAGUAUUUGAUUAUCAACCCUUAACUCCAGAUCAGCACUGCAACCACCCCAGAAUAGGACGAUAUCGGAAAAUUCUCGUAGGUGGAAAAAAGCGGCGGGACAUUUAGUUGCUAAAUAGCAAUACGAUAUUCUGCAGUAAUAUACAUCUACGAGCGUAUUCUAGCCGAUUUUUUAUUGUAAAGGGAAAAUGAUGGUCGAUCUGAGGUGAAGAGACGAUUGUAGAAAAAUAUCCCGCAUUUUUUGUACCCAUGGAGUUAAGGGUUGAUAAUCAAAUAUUAUAAGCAACGCUAUUUUUCUGCAACUAAUUAGCAACAAAAUAUCCAGCAGUUUUAAACAUCUGCGUGCGAAUUCCAACCAUCUACUGUUUCUAAGUGAGUAGAGGGGUUGGAUCUAAGGUUAGGGGAUGAUUGUAGAAUACUCUUAACUGCGUUUUUGGCGAGCAACUAAUUAGCAACUAAAUAUCCCGCGUCUUUUUUCCACCUACGAGAAUUCUCCGAUAUCGUCCUAUUCUGGGGUGGUUGCAGUGCUAAUCUGGAGUUAAGGGUUGAUAGUUAAAUACUAUAAGCAACGCUUUUUCGCAGCAACUAAUUAGCAACAAAAUAUCCAGCAGUUCUAAACAUCUGCGUUUGAAUUCGAACCAUCUACUAUUUUUAAGUGAGUAGAGGGGAUGGAUCUGAGGUUAGGGGAUGAUUGUAGGAUACUCUUAUCUGCGUUUUUGGCGAGCAACUAAUUAGCAACAGAACAUCCAGCAGUUUUAAACAUCCGCGUGCGAAUUCCAACCAUCUACUGUUUCUAAGUGAGUAGAGGGGUUGCAUCUGAGGUUAGGGGAUGUUAGUAGAAUACUCUUAUCUGCGUUUUUGACGAGCAACUAAAUAUGCCGCGUCUAUUUUCCACCUACGAGAAUUUUCCGAUAUCGUCCUAUUCUGGGGUGGUUGCAGGGAUGAUCUGGAGUUAAGGGUUGAUAAUCAAAUAUUAUAAGCAACGCUAUUUUUCAGCAACUAAUUAACAACAAAACAUCCAGCAGUCUUAAACAUCUGCGUGCGAAUUUUAACGAAAGUAAAUAAGUAUAUCUUUUUUUUAUUAUGAUAGGUACUACGUAGGUCUCUAUUCCCUACUUUCAACCAAUGCCAACAAUUAGACGAAUAGAUGCCAAUAUUGAGAAUUUUUGUGCCAAUGAUAGGAAUUUCUGCACAAUGUCUAUUUAUAACCAUUCAAUCACAUACAAUUAGAUGUUAUAGUCCAGUCAAUGAAGGUUUUCACCUCCGAUUUCGUUGAAUCUCCAUCCAUUUUCAUGAAAAUUGGUGGGAGAUACCUUAAGAAACAAAAGUGACAUAGUGCCAACUUGCGCUUCUGCCCUGGGGGUAGAUACCACCCCUUCUCGGGGGUAAAAAUUAUUUUAAUAAAAAUAACUCCAGGAAUCGAUAGAAAGACAAAUUCUAAGCAAAAUUUGUUAUUUUAUGUUUUCGGAAUAAAUCAAUACUUUCGAGUUAAUAAUGAUCAAAGAUUGUGAUUUUGCGUGAUAAAAAUUCAUGUUUUAAGCGGUUUUUCAUAAAUAACUAAAUAAAGAUUGAGCUAUUUUCUUUGAUACUGUUACGUGUAUUGUGUAAUAACUCAUUUAGAUAGUGUAAUGUUUUCCUGUCUUAUAACUAUUAAUUUUAUUCAAAAUGAUUAAAUGAAAUUGGAACGAUUGUACUGGUUGACUUAAUGAAAUUGGAACGAUUGUACUGGUUGACGAUUGUAUCAGUACACGGUUGUACUGAUACAAUCGUCAUUGUUUAAAAUUGUUGUUGAUUGAUUUGAUUGAUUACGAUUUGAUUUGGGGGGCUAUCUGAAAAACGAUUUUUUUUUGUCUGACAGCUUCAAAGAGUGUUUUCAAAUAAUACUUUGGAACAAUGUUAGGAACAACUAGAACAACUUGGAACAACUAAAAAAAUAAUGAAUUUUCAAACAUGGGCGGCUACCAUAAAAAAGUUUUUUUUUGUCUGACAGCUUCAAAUUUUAGUUUUUUCAAAUAAAACUGGGGAACAAUGUUAUGAACAACUUGGAAUAACUAAAAAAAAUAUUGAAUUUCCAUACAUGGGGGCUACCAUAGUAAACGGUUUUUUUGUCUGGCAGCUUCAAAUUUGAGUUUUUUCAAAUAAUACUUUGGAACAAUGUAGAACAAACAGAACAACCUAGAUAAUAAUAAAAUUAAAAAGUGGGGUCCUAACUUCACAGUGGUCGUAACCUCGUCUUAUCUCAAGCAUGCAAAUGGCCGCCCGCUUACAGCGUGUGCGUGAUUUGAGGGUUGUCGGGUAAAUCAUCAUCAAUUUCCCUACUUUUUAAAUCUCCCAAACUAAAACAUUGUUAACAUUAUGUAAUCAAAUAUAUAUUAUAAUAACGAGAUAUUUACCACGUGUUUUACUCGUUGUGAGCUCCCGAUUUUUCAGCAAUUUAAACGGUUGCACUUCAGAAACAUGAUGUAGGUCUAUCAAAUUAUUUUUUAAGAACACCGAGACAGAAAAGAAAGCACUUGUUAUGUAUAAAGAACUUUAUUGUUUACAUAUAAAUGUUAGUGUCUUAAUAUUAAGUAUGAGGUUAAUAACAUACAUUAAUAUACAUAAAUCGCGCAGAUUAAUGCUUAAAAUAAAAAUAUAAUAGACUAAUAUUGCUAUUUCUUCUUUUAAAUGUAAGUAUUUCAUUCAUAGAUUGAGUAGGUAUUUAAAGAUUGACAGAGUGAGGAAAAGAGAUAUCAUCCAAUCCUAUAAGGUAGAAAGAGACGCAACAUGAUGUACCUUUGGUUCAAUAAUAUAUUUUUAGCAAGAGCCGCAGCGCCCUGUCAAGUCGUACUGAGAUAAAAUUUAUUAUGAAAUUCUGUGAAAUUAAGAAAACAAUAAUGCAUAUAACACAACACGAUUGUACUUAUUACAAACUGAAUAAGUAUGUGUUAUGGUAUCCUGUGUUUUAAGCAUAUCUUGAUAAAUCGAUACUAUCUCUCAAAAUCAUACACCGAUAGGCACACAUGCACAGAUAUUUUUUUGGAACAGUAGCGAUAGGUACUAUGUCUAUCUUUACAUCCUAUAUCUAUGGUUUCAUUCGACAUUGUGGUUUACCUACAAUGCGAAGAAAUGGCACUACCGUGCAGCCUUAGAAAUACUAGAAGAAAUUCGUCACGAUCAUUUAGGUCUCGAUAGCAUAGCAAUUAGUGCAUCCACCCAGACAGCAGAAAAUGCAGGUUCAAGUCCUGCCUGUAAUUCAUUUUGUAAUAAUUUUGGUUGUCGUAAUUUAGUUUCAAAAGUUUAUUUGUAUAGUAGUUCUGUUAACGGGUUUCAACUGUAUCUAUAUAUAUAAAACUCAAAGGUGGCUUACUGACUGACAUAGUGAUCUAUCAAUGCACAGCCCAAACCACUGGACGGAUCGGGCUGAAAUUUGGCAUGCAGGUAAAUGUUAUGACGUAGGUAUCUGCUAAGAAAGGAUUUUGAUCAAUUCUACCCCCAAGGGGAUAAAAUAGGGAAUGAAAGUUUGUAUGAAACUUUGCCAAUUUUAAACCGAUCGGGCUGAGACUUUGCAUGCAGAUAUAAGAAGAAUCAUAGACGAAUGUCAUUGUGUAUAAUACAACACUUCAGCUCUACACUGAAGCGAAGUGAGGGCGGGCCGCUAGUUUUAAUAUUUUUAUACAUUUUCCGCCGUUUCGGAUUCUUUACAGGCUCCGGUUUGAACGAAAACCAAACAACGUGUGCACUGCACAUAGUACUGGAAGGUGAUGGGUUCCAAUUGUUAUCCCCUUUGCAGUAUCGAAUAAUUAAAACCCAGUUAUCUCUACGGUUUCUAUUUCUAGGAAAUCUAUUAGAAAGGAGAAUCAGGAUCAGAAUUUUAUUUGUGAAACAUAGGUUAGUAUACGUGGUAUAUAAAGUUUUUGUUAGUAUCACUACAUUUCCACCUUAAUUAAGGUAUACAAAUAGAUAUGGACCUAUGAAAGAAGUACUAUUAUUUUUACAUUGGAAUCACAAUUUAUGAAUAUAAUUUGAAAUUGUCUAUUGUUACAUGCAUGUCAAAGUAGAUUAUAAAUUAAUUAUAAAGAUAAGCCAUAAAGUUGUCAUACUAAUAGUCAAAAUUUUAAUAGAAAAAUAAGCAAAAUGUCCAAAAUAGCAAUUAAUACACAUUUCUUAACUGGAUUGACAAUUUUAAUAUGUCAAAAUUUUUUAAUAGAGAACUGCUUUUAUAAAAGGCAUGUCCGAUUUAAUUACAAGAUUUGUCAUUUAAAAAAUCCUCAACUGUAUAGUAGGCUUUUUCAACUAAUAAUGCUAACAGACGCUUCUUAAAAGUCUUUAUCGGUAGUGAUUUAAGACAACUCGGAACCUUGUUGAAUAUCCUUUGAGCCAUCCCAAAGAAGCUACUACUAACGUGUACGGUUUGAUUGGCGAUGAUUUCUUUCAGGGUUCCUUUCUGAGAGUGUCGGAAACAGAGAAUUGUUACAUAAUACAAAAACAGCCACUUCAUAAAUGUACAGCGAAGGCAGAGUCAGGAUGUUCAUGCUUAUGAAAAAUGGUUUGCAGCUAUCCGUCGAUUUGCAAUUUAUCGCUCUUAUACACCUUUUUUGAUGUUUGAAUAAAAGAGUUUUAUUCACAGAACUUCCCCAGAAAAUUAUUCCAUACCGUAAGAUACAUUCAACAUAACCUCGGUAUGUAGUCAAAACAGUGUCCCUAUUAGAUACCUUGGAGAGUUUGUAUAGAGCGUAAAUUGAACUACUCACUCUCUUACAUAAUUUCUCAGUGUGAGAUUUCCAAUUAACCUGAUAAUCCAUAUGCAGACCUAAAAAAUUCGUUUCAGAAACAGAUUCAAUUUCCUCACCAUUGCACUUUAAAGCUACUGAGGGUAUUUCAAUCUUUUGCCUGAAAUGUAUUACUUUCGUUUUUUUACUAUUCAGGCACAAGUUAUUUUGGACUAUCCAAUUGUUAAGUUUUUCCAUAGCAUUAUUAAUGUCAUUUUCAUAGUCUUGUUCAUUAUUACAUUGAAUCACAGCAGUACUGUCGUCAGCAAAUAAAAUCAUGGGAUGGUCAAUAGAAUUUGGAAAGUCAUUUAUAAAUGCAUUAAAGAACAAAGGUCCUAAUAUACUACCUUGAGGCACACCAGCCUCUACAUCUCUACAUAGAGACAUAAAUUCCCUAAUAAUUUUGGUUUUUUUGCAGAAUCUAGUUAUAACAGUGUAUUGUUUCCUGUUACUCAAAUACGAAUCUAUUAAAUAAAACUAGUUUUUACGGGUUAAUGCACGAAUCUUUAUUUAUUUAUUGACGUUUCGUAGCCUUUACAGGCUUCGUCGUCAGAAUAAAACUUUUAUUUUAUUUGUCGAGCUACCUUCGAAAGACUUAUUGAGCGUUUGAUUAUUUCAUUGUUCGAUUUUUAAGUUUUAUUGUCUAUGUAUGAAUUUAUUAUUUAA